GAAUAUUGUUCUAUUCAGGGAGACUGUAGAUUUAGUAAUACGUGGAAAAUUAUAUAAUUAGCCGAUACCCGAUAUAAACUGUGAUAUAUCAAUAAUUUCACAAAUAAAAAUGACUACCAUUGUUGGUCAGAUAGAGACAGUCAAUGCCACAAUCGCAGAAUAUGAAAAUCGACUUGAAAAUAUAGAAAAUAAGUUAAGGUCCAGAAGAGGUUUGGAUGAAAAAAAAUGUCUUCAGUUAGAAGAGGAAGAAAGCGAGUUGAUAAAAUUAAUUAAAUUGAAAAAUGAUGAACUACGUUGUUUAAGAAAAGAAAACUUUAAAUCCUCAAUUUUAUCUAUUAGUGUAUUGAUUGUUUUUGGAACCAUAUACUGGCUUUAUACUACUAGUUAAUUAUUUGGGAGGAGGGAAAUAGUAUUAUAAAAUUAAUAAAUAAAAUGUUUAUACAGACGGUAGAUGGCAUUCCGUAUCCAAUUUUAGUAAAAGAAUAUUUUUUUACUAUCGUAGUAAGAUUUAAAGACGGAUCUUGUAUAAACGUGAGAAAAUGACGAUGACUUGUCGAAAAUAAAAGUAUUUAGCGUGAUGAUUACAAGCAAUGUCGAAAAGAUUCCGGAGGGAGAGAAUGAAAAUGGAAAAAUAGAUAUUCCUGCACGAAACGCUUCUAUUAUGCGGUGACGCUUAUAAAGAGUAGCCAGUUGAUUAUGUGACUAUGCAUAACUGUGGUUGCCCAAUAAUUGCUACUGUCAAUUUCGAAUCGGUUUCGGUGAAUGAGGCUCAACGAUGCGACGCCGUAGGUUAUAGACCGUAUAGGCCUAUAUUUAUAUAAGACUAUAUUUUACGUAUUGACUCUGACUUGACAAAAGCAAACAGACUUAUGACUCUAUAUAUAUAUAGGCACGCCCCUGUAAAUAUUUCAUAAACUGGGAUAAAAGACGAUUCGCGCCAUAAGUAAUUUUUACGAGCAAAACAGUCAAAUCUGCUGGAUGAAAUAAUUAGACUAAUAAUUCACGGUAAGAACGCUAUAUUAGCCAACUGCACUCAUUUGGAGAACAUUUAUUAAUGUUACUACAUACGAUAAGUGUAAAUACAUAUGGUAUAUAGGAUUAAAAAACAACUGUAUACAAACUGCAUGUAUAAAUACAUUGAAGGAGAAUUUGGGCGCGAACAGAAUACAAAAAGUAGAGCAAACUACUGAGAAAACUGGAGGCGAAAGAGUUUUUACACUGAUUAUGUUUAUACAGAGCAGUACAGCAAAGUUUUGCGGGGCUUGCCGAUUUUAUAAAACUAGCGCCUAUAUAUACGAGUCUUGUUUUUCUUCAAUUUAGACGCCGCCGCAACGAGCGCAUAUAUAAACGUGGCAGGGCGUCGUUGUCAAAAUCGAAUUAUCUCGCGCUUGACUAUAACGAGCUUCGCAGACGCUUCAAGCGUUUCUUUCUUCGCUUGACCUUUUGACUGAUGGCUGAGUCUUAUCGAAUAUUUUCGGCUAUUAGAGAAAAGUAGGGAUAGGCUUUUCGUACAUUUAUUGAUAAGUUCAGGUAUAAAACAUGAAAAAUAUUAGAAAAUAGAGCUUUUUAACUGAUGAAUAAAUCGUUUAACUUUCGUUUUUAAUACGCCUAUAUGCACUCAUUAAAUUCGGCGCGUCUUUUCCAAUAAAGGGCUGCUGUAGCGCCCCCUGUACCCGUGCCAAUAGCUGCACUUUUUGCUAUUGCAGACCCGAUUGCUGUAUAGCGGCGGCCGUAUAGCAGAUGAACGAGAUAGCAAGAGCAGGAGUACAACAUUUUCUAGCCAGUCUUGCGGCGCAUUGAUUCGUCAUUUAUCUUUUUCCAUAUCUUCCGCUCUGGAGCACUGAACCGUCUCGAAUUAAUCUUCUUCGACGGCGUUUAAUUUCGAGGGAGACGCCAUCUAACGGACGUUUCUAAUAUCGGAAUCGAUCUAUAACCAAAGUGGCCCGGACAGAGCGGCGAUGCGACAACGAUCAGCAUGUAUAACAAUUCGAAGCCGGAAGUUGUUCCGAAAAAAGUCGUGUCUUUUCCAGUGCCCGAUUUAUUACCGGAACGCUCAUAUGCAACCUACGGCAAGGACUCAGAUUUUCCAGCACCACCACCUACCCAACUGGUCAUGAAUAAAGAAACAGACAGGGAUAGCGGAAUUUACGUACAGUUUAGUCCGCCAACAGCGGCAGCGCCAGCCCAAAAUACCUCCCAAGUAGAUCCUGCCGCCCUGGUGGAGGAGAAAAUCCGAAGUGGCCUUCACCCUUGCCAUCCAGAAUUGUUGACCAUAUUCCUGCAAAAUCUACAUAUGUCAAACUAUGUGUCUUUAUUCGUUCAGGCAGGCUAUGAUUUGGCCACCGUCUCGAAAAUGACGCCGGCCGAUCUAAGCGCUAUCGGAAUUCGAAAUCCGAGUCACCGGAAGAGGCUUAAGACGGAGAUCUCCCGACUUAAGAUUCCCGAAUUACUACCCAAUUUUUAUCCACCGUCUCUAAGCGUUCUACUGCAACUUCUCUGCCUACCGCAUCUGGAACCAGUUCUCAAUUCUCACGGCUAUAAAACAAUUUCUAGCUUACUCGAGUUAACUUGGGAAGACCUCGAGGAGGUCGGAGUUACAAAGUUAGGCGAACAGAAGAAGUUAGUAGUGGCCGUCGACAAACUGCGCAAACUCGAUUCCUCGCCUCAUUCGACACACAAUCAAGCGAAUUAUCCACCCUCUCCGGACGUCGUUGCUAUUCAAGUAUCGGAAGCGCCAUCUGGUGUCGAAUCAAGCCACAAUCGAAUUGGUUAUUCCGGUUCGUUAACUAGGCGUUCAGUAUCGACAUUUACGAGCUCGGACGCUUUGAUAACUCGCCAAAAAACACCUCCUCCUCCGCCCCCCAAAAGGGUAAACAGCGUUAAGGCGUCGGCUUCCCCGUCACUAAAACCAAAGCCAAUUUAUCCACCAAAGCCGCCAUCUCCUGCUCCAAAGCCGAAAAUGACACCUCGAGUCGUUAGCUCAUCAACCGAUGUUCCUCGGCUAGAGGCGCAUAACGCUGCCGUAACAAGGAGGCAGGCAUCAGACGACAGUACAAGUUCGUCUAAUGAGGGAUUACAUUUCGCCAAUGAAGACGUGGGUACAAUUAGACAGAAAUCGUCUAAUCCAAAUGUUUUGAAUGAACUAGAUACAAUGCUUCAAGGUCUUACAGAUGAACUGGAUGCAAUUUUGAAAAAACAAUUCAAGUAGUUUUCUUUAUAGAUGGUGCUUAAUUAUCUAUACAAAGUGUUUUACUCGCUAAUCCUUAUAUAAAUAAAAAAAACCUAUGCAAGCUCUGUUUUCGUUAUAAAAGAAACAAAUUCAACUGUUGUGAUUUUUAAACUACACCUUUCUUCCUGGGGUUCUUCUUAGGUCUAUGCACCUCUGCUGAGGUUAUUAGAACACGUUUUUCAGAAUCUGAUUUUUUUACCAUGACUGUUCUUCCACCAGAGCUAGUAAACUCAAUAGAAGGUUUAAAAUCUUCUUUUAAUAAAGAAGCUAAUUUGGAAUGUUUCUUUUCCUGUUCAAUUUUCAAAGAGAUUUGUUUUUUUAUAGGUUCUGGCGAUGGAAUAAUAAUUUCUUCAGUAUCCGAAUCACUAUCAAUUAAUACUUCUACUUUCUCUUCAAUUUUAUUAUUCGUAUCAUCAGUCUUAGCUUCAUUUGAUGUAAUUUGUCUGUUUUCAUCCUCAAUCGUGCAAACACUAUUAACAACACCCCUACUUUUAGUUGAUUGAUUGAUUUCUUUACUUGUUUUUGUCGCAAAAAUAGGUGGGUUCAUUUCGUGUGGUUCAACUUUUUGUUCAGGUAGAAAUCUUUCCAUAUACGUUUUAGCCAACUCGAAAUCAAAGUCAAAACUUUCAGCAAGAAAACCAAAUGUAAAAUAUCUAAAUCUUGUUGAAAAGAUUAGAAAUAAGUAGAACUUUAUGUUUGAAUUGAUACAUUGGAACAUUAUGUAGCAAAUUUCCAAGUUUUGAAAGUAGUUUGAGUAAUUUAGUAUGUUAUCUUCAAAAAAGCAAUUGAUAUGAAAUUUUAUUGGAAUAUUCUCAGUCCAGACAGCAAUUCUGUAACAAAGGAAUGGAAUCUCUGUAAUUAAUCUUAAAAUUGAGACAAUUGCUUGUAGUUUAACACUUCUUCCGUCUUUAAAUUCCUCGGAAUUUACUGAAAUUAACGAACGGAUUGACAUAAUUUUCACUUGUAUAAAUAGAGCCGAAUUAACGGCUAGAAUUAGCAACCAUGGUAUUAAAACAAAGAUUAUAACAUAAGCGUAUUUGUCGUAAUAUUGAUAGCUCUGCUGAUUAUGUAGGUCAGUCGUGCAUAUAACUUCUCUUGAUGAACCAUCCUUAAAAUCCAUAACAACCACCCGAAAUUGAAAAUAAUUUACAAAAUGGAAUACAACAACUACACCACUCACGGCGAAUGCUAAUUUAACGGCUUUCUUUACAGUGCUGUAUCUGACGGACUUUUCAGCGUGUAAUCCGAACAUGUAACCGUCAACAGUUAGGGUGAUUAUUAAAGCAGACAUAACAACUUGCAGACUUUGAGUUAUAGGGAAGGCGUGGGCAUAAAAGGUUGGAGAUAGUGGAGAUCGAGAACUAACUUGAGAAUACUCCGAGGAGAGUAGCAUUAACAUUAGGAUUGUAUAGACAAUAUCGGCUAAACUCAAGAAAGUCAUAUAAACCGAUGGAGGACUCUUCAUCCGUUUUUGAUUAAAGAUGAUUAUCAACAUCGAAUUGCCUAAUAGCCCAAACGCAGCCAAACUUGGCAUUAAAAUACCAAAUGCGAUAUGUUUAGAAGAUCCAAUUUCUUCUAUCUCUCGAGUUUUUUCCGCUAAAGACAUUUUUAUCUUCAAAUGUAAUUUCUUUUCUAUUAUAUCUUUCUUCAAUCGUAUUCUUUGCUCUGUUUAUCCUCUCUCCUAACUUAAAAAUACUGAAU